AAUCAAAUUUCAAUAUUUUGUAUAACGGAGCAUAUAAUUAUUUAUUAUCCAAAUAUUGUAUUGUAGACUGUCGAUACCGCUUAUUGCUACAUAUGCUUAGUUCGUUCUAGAUACCUGUUCGUCCCCAGUCAUUUCGUACUUAAACGUGAUUAUAAUAGAUUUAUCAAUAAAUAAGUCUUUAUUAAAUUUCAAACUUAAAGAGUUCAUUUUUUACUUUCAUAAACCGAACAAUGUAAAUAUUUGCUCAUACAUUUACAGGUUCCAUCAAGUAUGCUUCGCCUUGGUAAAGGGAUCGAUAUAUGAUGUUUAAAGUUAUCUGGAAUAUCAUUAAAAAGAUUUUUGGGGUCCUCUUCCUCCUGUGUACUCCUUUGAAACGACUCUGGUGCCGAAGGAAACGACGAACAUCUGACACCAUCUUGCCUCUAGCCAAUCAUUACCCUUUAGUAGAAAACCUUAACUCAAACUAUUCACCAUUGAACGGAAACCCGGGGCCUGAUUUGGCGCCGUGGGAUAGCUGGGAGGAACAGCAGAAGGUGCGGUCGGUGGAAGAAUACCGCCAGAGACAGUUGCUACAGCAACAGAACUCCCAGGAGCCCGAACCAGAGCCAGACUACUUUCAGGAUAUGACCCCAAAAUACCAGAAACAGAAAAAGGUUUUGAUCAAGAAAAAAGAAGCCAGCUACAGUGGUUCAAUAUCAAGUAAACUGGCAGUGGCAGAAGACCUUCCUGUGAUGCAGACAUCAGAGCUGGGUAGCUGGGAGGAUGAGCAGGGGAACGCCUGGGAGGAGGAGGCUGUGGACGACAGCGACCUGGCGUGGGAGGCGGACGUCCUGGUGCGUGAGAAGAAGAGGCAGGAGCGCCACCUACAGCAGCAGCGUCGCAAGCAAGAGCGGGAUCAGCAACGGCACGCCAAGCCUCAGAGCCAUCUAUCAGCGGUGAAGCUUUCAUGAGACUGAAUUUCAGUUGUUUAUGUACUUAUGUAAACAUUUUUACAUGUGUACAUUUGGAUUUGAAUUGUGGGAACUGCCAGGGACUGAAUUUAGCGAAAUCUCACAGUCAUUUAUCAGCUGUGCAGCUUUCUUGAGACUGAAAUUGGUAUUAAUUAGUGCACUGAAGGAAUUCAAUACAUGAAAAUGAAAGAAAGAAAAGAAAGCAAAAACAUUAGAUAAAUUUACCAGCAGUGAAGCAUUCAUGAGAAGUUUAUUGACUUCACUUGUCGCCAGCGGCAUGGUCAUGAUUGCUUCACAUAAGUGCUAAAUCUCUUAUUAUUUGUUCCAUUGGAAGUACACCCCAGGUGGACCUUUUAACUGAUACAUUUGUUCAUCAGUGCUAAAUGUGUUAUUGGUGGCCGAGAAAUGACCCAUUGACAGAGCAUGUAGGCUAUAAAGUGCAAGUGAAUGAAGAAGUGGACAGCUAAGGGUAAAACGAUUUUUUUCCUGGAAAGAAUUAGGUGCUGUAAAGGAGAACCAGUUAAAUGUUCACAGAAGCUGAGUAAAAGUGGCUUUGGGAAUACUCAUUGUUUGCGCUAUAACAUGGGGAAAUAUUUUUCACACCUGCCAAAAGCUGCAUGUAGAUAAUACAUUAUUUUCAUAAUCAUUAAGAUGUCAAAUUUGUACUUAGUUUUGUAUCAUUAUGGUCCCACUUUGCAGAAGUGGGCCUUAGUUUUCUUUGCAUUUAUCAGUCUGUCGGUUCAUACACCUUUUGUUUCCUUGUGAUAAAUACAGACCUACAUCCAUGCAAUGUGGUGUAGUUUUUACACGUGUUGAAUGUAAAAUGCUUACUGAAAUUGAGGUCAUCCGGUCUAAGGUCACAUGCGCUAUCAUAAAAGUGAUAAAAGUGGUUUCUGCACAAAAUCUAAAGAAUUCAUAGGAUUAUGUUACUUGGUGUGCGCUUUAGUUUUAAUGAAGGAUGACCCUACAGUUUUUAAAUCUAGAUAUUACCAUGGGCAACAUUGCUGCAAGUGGGGGAGGGGGGAGACAACAAUAUUGACAAUAAGCACUGCUCUUUACCAGUACAUGUAUACAUGAAAAAAGUUUGCAGAUUUAGGGUUUUACAGGAAAUGUCAAGUGUCAGCUAAAUACAUAGUAUACUGCACUCUCAUUACUGUUGCAUCUGGAUUCCAACACAAACCAAGGAUAUGUCUAUGGAUUACGUUGAAUAUUUGUCUUUUGUGGCUUCGGUAAUACUUUUUUUAAAGGAAUUAUGUUUUGUCUGGAUCUUAAAAUCGUGGAUAAGUCUAUUCACAAAAUGAACAAAACUUCUUAAAGUAAAUGUCUCAUAAAUAAUUAUGACUUUGAAGUAUUUGAUAAUUGCAAAUGCUGUGUAAUGCUACAAACAUUCCACAUUGAUUUGUGUUUCUUAACUUACUAGGAUCUAUGGGGAAUAAUCUUUCUUUUUUUUCAUUAACUUUUGUUUAUUUAAAUGCAAAUUAUUAUAAUGUAUUAUUAUUCGGGACAAAGUUUUGUAAGGUUUCUUUAUAUAAAAUGUAAACUAGUCUUGUUUUGUUUGGAUCGUUUAUCACCGUAUAAUUCGUUGUGUACAUGUUUAUAAUAUGUAUGUGCAUACAGUUUAAAAAUGCAUUAGGUUCUAUUGCAAUUUCAUUUCAUUGAAAUGCAAAACUUGGUGGAGGAUGUAAUUUGCACACAAUCAUUUGUGAACGGUCUUGUAUGAAAAAAGGAAACAAAAUGCGCUUCUAUUCAUGUUAAGUUUGUUAUCUUUUUUGAAUGAAUGGAUAUUGGAAAGUGUAUAUAUUGAAUGUUAUUAUAUUGAAAUACAAUUAUUAUGCAUG